GAUGCUGAUUUCUCACCCUCCUGCACUAGUGUGGGCCCGACCCUUGGCGCAGUGAAGAUUGCCCAGUUCUUUGAAGCUUGCCCUGAGCUAGGGCGCCCAAUCCCAGGGACCCACAGGGCCCCUCACCCGCGCGCCCUCUGCUCCCACCCCAUGCUGUCCCGGCAGGCUACUUCCUGUCCUCUCUUUGGGAGCCACCCAGGUCGCGGCCCCUGAAGGAGGACAGCAAAGGUGGCCAGGAAGCAGAGGCUCCAGUUGCAGCUCUCCUCCCAUCCUGUGCACAAGGAGACUGGGCCCCUGCUUCUGACCCUGGAAGGAAGAACCUCUGGAGAUGUCUUCCAAUAAUGACCCUGUUACAAUCCCGAUGAUAGAAAUAAAUCCCAGUGACCUUCCUGGAAUGGACACCAGUGACCCGGACACAUUGACUGGAGAGGCUGUGUUGAGUUUUCAUAACAUCAGCUAUCGAGAGACAAUACAGAGUGGCUUUCCAUUUCGUAAAAAAACAGAGGUGAUAAGAAGACUAUCUAAUAUCAAUGGGAUCAUGAGACCUGGCCUCAAUGCCAUCAUGGGACCUGAAGAUGGGAGCAGAUCUUGGUUAUUGGAUGUCUUAGCUGCAAGGAAAGAUCCACGUGGAUUAUCAGGAGAUAUUUUGAUAAAUGGGAAACCUCGACCUGCUAAUUUCAAAUGUACUUCUGGUUAUGUACCACAAAAUGAUGAGGUGAUGCAAACGGUGACUGUGAGAGACAAUAUAGAGUUCUCAGCGGCUCUUCGACUCCCAAUAACUGUAACAAGUGAUGAAAGAAAAAGACGAAUUGAUGAGAUCCUUGAACUUCUGCAUCUGGAUAAAGUGGCAAAUGUCAAGCCUAGAUCUAAGGAGCUCAGGAAAAGGACCAGUAUAGCAAUGGAGCUGGUCGCUGAGCAUCCCAUUCUGUUCUUGGAUGAUCCCACCACUGGCUUAGACUUGAACACUACGACUGAUGUCAUCUCAGUUCUGAGAAGGAUGUCUAUGAGGGGACGGACAAUCAUCUUCUCCAUUAAUCAGGCUCAAUACUCCAUCUUCAGAUUUUUUGAUAGCCUCACCUUAGUGGCCUCAGGAAAAGUCAUGUAUCACGGGCCUGCACAAGAGGCGUUGGAGUACUUCACAUCCGCAGGUUAUGAAUAUGAUUCCCACAACAACCCUGCAGACUUCUUCCUGGACAUCAUUAAUGGAGGUUUCUCUGCUAUAUUAGACACAGAGGAAGAAGGCCAUAAUGCUGACAUAUAUACAGAACUUUCUGAGAGACGGCACCAAGUCACAGAAAAAUUAGCCAACAUGUAUGUACAGUCCUCCUUAUACAGAGAAACGAGAACUGAACUGGAUCCACUCUUGGGGGAACAGAGGGCAGGGAGGAACUCAGCCUUGGAGCAGAUCACAUAUGUCACCCCUUUCUGGAAUCAGCUUUGGUGGAUUAUCUGUCGUUCAUUCAAAAAUUACUGUGGUUUUCCACAGGUCACUGUGAUUCAGGCAAUAAUCACAAUCAUUCUGGCGGUGUUGGUGGGCGUCGCUUUCCAUUACCUACGAAAUGAUUGUACUGAAGUCCAGACCAGAGCUGGCCUGCUCUUCGUGGUCACCAUCUUCCAGACCAUCACAAGUGUGUCUGCUGGGGAGCUCUUUGUGAUUGACGAGGAUCGCUUUCUACAUGAGCAUACCAGUGGAUACUACAGAGUGUCACCAUAUUUUCUUGGGAAAUUGCUGGCUGAGCUGGUACCCAGGAGGUUAUUACCAAGUAUUAUAUUUACUGUUGUAUUAUUCAGCAUAGCAGGAGUAAACACAGAUGUGAAGAGUCUCUUCACUAUGUAUUUUACCAUCACGAUGUUGGCUUAUUCUGCCAGUUCCCUGUCACUGUCUUUAAGGGCAAGGCAGAAUGCAGUGGCUGUGCCAACACUGUCGGUGACCAUCUACUUUCUGUUCAUGCUGUUUUUCUCAGGUCUGUCAAUAUAUUCAGAAAGCUUAGUACCUGGGCUCUCAUGGAUUCAGUACUUCAACAUUCCUCAUUAUGGAUUUAUAGCUUUGCAACACAAUGAAUUCCUGGGACAAAACUUCUGUACAGAACAUAACACAGCAGAAAUCAGUAGAUGUCAGAACUAUGUAAUAUGUACUGGUGAAGAAUUUUUGAUGAUCCAGGGCAUUGAUCGCUCAUCAUGGGGCUUCUGGAAGAAUCAUGUGGCCUUAGCUUGUAUAACGAUUAUCUUCUUAUCAAUUGCCUAUGUGCGGUUAUAAGCUCUUUAGAAAAACAAACAUUUUUAAAUCACUCUUCCACUUUCCUUGAAUUAAUUUGACAUUAUUUUUUGGUAUUAUUUAUUUAUUAUUUAAUUUUUUAUUAAGAAAAUUUUUCCACUCAUUUUACACACCAAUCAAAGAUCUCCCUCUUCCCUCCUCCCUCCCCCACCACCUCUCCCUCCUAAUCCACACCCAACUCCUUCCCACAAGAAGGCAAGGCCUCCCAUGAAGAGGCACAUCCAGUAGAGGCAAGUCCAAGCCCCUCCCACUCAAGGCUGUGAGAGGUGUCCCAUCAUAGGUAGUGGGCUCCAAAAAGCCCACUCAUGCACCAGAGAAGGAUUCUGAUCCCACCUCCACAGCCUUUGAUCCAACUUUCGUGAGUUCCCACUAGUUUGGUUUGGUCGUCUCUGCAGGUUUCCCCAUCAUGAUCCUGAUACACUUGCUCAUAGAAUCCCUCUUCUCUCUCCCUGACUGGACUGCUGGAGCUCUGCCUGGUGCCUGGCUGUGGAUCUCUGCAUCUGCUUCCAUCAGUCAUUGAAGAAAAGUUCUGUGAUAACAGGGUAUUCACCAAUCUGAUCUCUGGGGAAAGCCAGUUCAGUUCAGGCACCCUCUCCACUAUUUCUAGUAGUCUAAGUUAGGGUCUUCCCUGGGGAUUCCUGGGGAGUUCCCAAGCACCUGGUUUCUCUCUAUCCCCAUGAUGUCUUCCUCUCAACAUGUAGUUUCUGGAAGAAUCACGUAGCCUUAGCUUGUAUAAUGAUUAUCUUCUUAUCAAUUACCUAUGUGCAGUUAUUAGCUUUUAAGAAAAAGAGACAUUUUAAAAUCACUCUUCCACUUUCUUUGAAUUAAUCUGACAUUUAAAAAAAUAAAAACUUUGCUGGUGGCCAUUCCAGGGGAACAUCAGGGAGCACUUGAAUUCAGGAGUUUGGCCCACUAGAAUGUAAGGCACUGAUGGGUGAAUCUUGGAUAGGCAAGGCCCUGAGGGCUUUGGCUUCAGAAUGUCUCUUGCUUCUGCUGUGCCUUUACAUGUUUGCUGCGGCUAUAUUUUUCUGGUAUCUGGCAUGGUGUGAAUGGGGGUGGGGGAUCUCCACUGCCUUGAAUGUAAUGUGAUUAUCUCAUGGAAAUUUCCUGUUCUACUGGGCCUUUUAACUUGAUUAUUAUGAAGAUGAUUUCCUCCUGACCUGUACUGUUUAACUGAAGUAAUGAUUUUAUACAAUAAUAGUGGUAGUUUAGAUAGAAUUUUGAUGAUUAAGGGUUUUGAACACAUGUAGUAAGGGAUUAUGAUAGAGGUUAUUUUAGUAGGAAAAUUAUUAUAGGUAAACAUAAGAUAUAGUGUUGUCCUCGCCCUUGAUGAAUUGGGGCUGCAGAGCAUAGAAAAUAGGACCAAGGAGGUGUCAUCAGCUGGGACUUAUGAGUUUCUCUUGAGGAGCCUAUAGACUGUGGUUUAGGUGAAUGAUUAAGGAAAACAAUCGAGUCAGAGGAAUUAGCUCAAGAUCUUUUCGAUAUUGGAAAAUGUGUUCAUGGAGUUUGGAGUGCAUCAUAGCUAAAACAAAGCUUUAAAUAAUACUUCAUGUAACUAGAAAACAAAGAAUUGGAUGGUUAGUUAAAAUAAUUGGGCAAACUCUAAAGUAUGAAAAGUGAAACUAGUUAUCUGUUUUUAUGGCAAUUGUAAAAACUACUGUCUGUUAGCAGUUAUGGCUGAAAGGCUCCUGAUCUAUGAGAAUUUUAAAAGAUCAAUGUUUAAAUAUGUGGGUGCUUGGGGACAAUUUGCUUUUUACUUGUAAUAUGUAAAAUGUUUACUCUUGUAAGGGAAAUGGGAAACAUGCUUUUUUUUUUUUUUACUUGUAUUCAUUGUAACCAUUCACUUAAAAAUAGAUUGUAACUACAUUGUAAUUUUUAUUUUUCUUGAAAGAGUCUGCUGGGGUAUAUAAGCUGUAAGGGAAAAAAUACAGAAUUUAGAAGGAAGACAUCAGGAAGUAGUGAAAAGGAAGUCAUUAGGAAGUAGUGAGGAGGAAGACAUCAGGAAGUAGUGAGGAGGAAGACAUCAGGAAGUAGUGAGAAGGAUGUCAUUAGGAAGCAGUGAGAAGGAAGUCAUCAGGAAGUAGUGAGAAGGAAGUCAUCAGGAAGCAGUGAGAAGGAAGUCAUCAGGAAGCAGUGAGGAGGAAGUCAUCAGGAAGGAGUGAGAAGGAAGUCAUCAGGAAGUAGUGAGAAGGAAGUCAUCAGGAAGCAGUGAGAAGGAAGUCAUCAGGAAGCAGUGAGAAGGAAGUCAUCAGGAAGUAGUGAGAAGGAAGUCAUCAGGAAGCAGUGAGAAGGAAGUCAUCAGGAAGUAGUGAGAAGGAAGUCAUCAGGAAGUAGUGAGAAGGAAGUCAUCAGGAAAGAGAAAGAAGGGAAACGUCAGGGUAGAAGAACAGAACAGAAAAAGGAUAUAAUAGGAUAAGCAAUGUAUAGUGGGUAGUCAUUCCAGCUUUGACCUGGAAGCUCUAACCCCCAUUGAGGCUUCGGUAACGGUCCGCCUACAAGGCGGGGCUGAGAGAGGACGCUGAAGACCUGGGAUCCAGAUGCAGGCUCUCUUAGCUCCUGGACCCUGGACGCUGGAGGUAGACCGAGCAGAGUUCUCCAAAGAACACUGCUGGACUGUGCUACGCCUUUCUCAGACUCUGUAAACUAUCCAUUCACUUGUAAGUUACCCCACAAAAUAAACCUCCCUUUUAACUA